AUUAAACAAAAAAUGUACCUUAAAAGUAGAACUCGUUAAGAAAUGCUAUCUCAAAUUGAUACCCUUAAAUAUCAAGAGGAGCAUGAGAAAUAGAAUCAAGAGAAGGAAUUAAAGUAAAUUAAUUUGGAUAACUAAAAAGAAGUAAAAAUGUUCACAUUCUAUAGAUUGCAGUACUUUAAGAUGAACUUAAAUAAUUGUAAGAAAUGAUAGCAAAUGUUUAAUUCUAACAUUAUUUCUAAAUGAAGAGAGACAACAAUAAUCUAAAACAAGAAAAUACUAUUUUACGAGAUAUGUUGAGAGCUAGUUAAAUUACGAGUUCAACAAAAGAAUUAGAACUUAAAAGAUUAAAGUAAAAAUUACGUAGAUAUGAAAGCCAUUCAUUAAAUAUCAAAAAAGAAAGUCAGGUAGAAUUCAGUUUAUAAUUGUAGCUUAAAAUCUUUGAUGACAGAAAUUUAUCUCAUCAGAGAAAUCAAACAUAACCCUCUUUGAUGGAUUCUACAGCAGAAACUUCAUUAAGAUUAUUACCAAUAAAAUUCAAGAUUAAUUAAUGA